AUGAGCAGCGCGCGGAAACAGGAAACACAGCACGGCAGGGGUGGCGGUGGUGGUGGCCGUGACACCGACACGGGUGAUGAUGCAGCCCUGCGACGAACGCUGAAGUUGCGCCUGCAAUCGGCCGGUGUCUUGGAUCGCCUGAAAGCACAGUUCCGAGCAGAGGUCUACAACACCCUCACACGCGACCAUCUCGAGGCUGUUGCACCAAACUUGCCGCCGGAAAACUACUUGAUCAACGAACUGAUUCGGGAAUACCUGGAGUUCAACGGCUACAACAAUACACACGCCGUCCUCGUCGCAGAAAGCAGGCAGCCCACGGAGCGGUUGACACGGCAGCACAUGGCAGACCAAGUCGGCGUGUCGGAAACAGCACAAACCCAGCAGCUGCCCUUGCUUUACAGCAUGGCACGGACCAGCACAGCCAGCAAGGACUCAGAGCAGGCCUAG